GGGUUCUUCCCUUUCAUAACCUUUAUACCGUGCAAGCUACGAAGCAAGAGAAGCUAGCUAUCAAGCCACUAGUCGCUGGAGCCUCUACCAUAGGAGAUACAGAUUGCUAUAAUAUUGGACCUGAGGAUGGCCUCUGAGAGAGUGCUACGGCAGGGUCUGCUAUAUGGCAAGCUACCAGGCAUGAGAGAUUGGACUAUGUAUAGCAUCCAAAUCAGCCACACCCACCUGCACAUACUGGAUGAGUAUGGUCGCAAGAACAUACGGAGCUUGCAGAUUGACAGCUCAGAUUUGGCGGGGGAGGAUACAAAGAAUAAGAAGGAGUUUCGCUUCUACCUUCUCAGAUCUGGCGAUGGAAAAUACACAUUUAGAUGUGAUUCUCCUGGUGACAAGAGCUGUUGGAUAUCUCAGUUACAAAGCAUCAUUCAUAAGGAUCUAGACAGAGACACUCUCUCUCCACCUCCUGAUCACCACCGCUCUGGUGGAAAGAGCACAGUAUUGGCCACGCCCCUUCCUGCUGCCCCCUCCCCUAGGGCUAGUGUCAUCUCUACAGACAGUGGCUUUGGUGCUAGUGAGGGAGGAGAGGUCAAGAGAGAGAGACGUGGUGGCUUCCGUAGUGCUCCCGUGAGUGGGGAUGGCCAGUUUGUGAGGAGUGCAGGAGAAGCUUCCAAGAGUGGCGAUGGUGUGUGUGGGCGGCCCCCUGUAAAGGUGAUUGAUGAGAGAGGCAGUGAGAUGAGUUAUGAGAAGUGCAAAUGGUUCUGGGGAACUGCUAGUAGACAAGAGGCUGAGAGGAGGCUAUUGUCUGAGGGAAAGAUUGGCAACUUUGUAGUUCGCAUCAAUGCUAGUGGCCAUUACGUCAUGACCUACUGGCGUAAGGAUGGUAUCCAUCAUCACAAAAUACUCAACCAUGGAACUAUCUAUCGCUUUGAGAAAUCAGCUGUUGAGGCUGAGGGGGAGAGUCUGGUUGACCUACUAGACACUUACAUGAAGGCCAACUCUACCAAGGCCAAACCAAUGGAACCAUUUGGAGGAGCACUGUUUGAGAUGUACAACUAUGCCUGGACUCCACCUUCGUUUGAUAUGAACUUGUUGGAGGAGAGACUUAAGGAACAGAAGAGACUACGUGAAGAAGCUGCCAAGGCUAGUCGACGCCCUCAUCAAUACACACCUGUGGAUAUUGGCGAGUCCUCUAGUAGUAGCAGUCGAGAGGAUAGUGGAUCUGGUUCAUUCACAGAGCUGGCCACCACCACCAAGGCACGCACUAAAACCCUACCACCCACUCCCAAGAAGAAGUCUCUCACAGAAGGCAAGCUGACUGUCUCCAUGGAGGAACCAACACCAAGGACUAAGCCACUUCCUCUCACACCCACUAACAAGCAGAAGAAAGGAUCAGCACUCAUUCAGGAAUUGCAGGCCAAGAAAACCAAACCACCCCCCACAACCAAACCAGCCCCCAAAACAAAGCCUGUCCCCAAAACAAAGCCGAAACCUCCCAGCAAGUCAAGCCAAUCACCCGCCCCCUCACAUGAGCCUCCUGAAUACGCUAACUGCAACUUUGGCCCGUCCCGGGACACGCCCACUCAACCUCCCGAGGACGAAAGCUUGUACAUGAACAUCAAGCCCCCACAAGCCCCGCCCACUAGGAAGGCCAGGCCCAGUGCACAGCAACCACCACCACCAUCAGAAUAUCAGAACAUUGGAGCUCGUGUUAAACCAAGAGCCUAUAAGUAACUGAAUCACUUUAUUGUACGUAUUUUAUAUGUUUUUUACGUGUUUUGUAUAUAAUUAUUGAGAUGGACUUUUUACUGCCACACAACACUGCAUACAUUAUUACACUGAAAUAUUUUCUGUGAGAAAAAUUGAAUUGUUCACGAUAAUUAUGACAAUA